AUCAACUAACAAAAUGUCACAAGAAGAAGGUUGGAUUAAUGAAUCAACAAAGCCAGCGGAUAAUCUAGCUGAUAGAAUUUCUGGCUUAUCCACAGAGCAACAAAAAGCAGAUAAACCAGAACAAGAGGAAUUGGAGGUGUCUGUCACACUCGCUGAUCAACAAGCUGAUCCAAAUUCACCACUUUACUCCGCUAAAACAUUCGAAGAGCUCGGACUUCAUGAGAACCUCCUUAAAGGUAUAUACGCAAUGAAGUUCCAAAAGCCUUCAAAGAUCCAAGAAAGAGCUUUACCUUUAUUAUUGCAAAAUCCUCCACGUAACAUGAUCGCCCAAUCACAAUCAGGUACUGGUAAAACAGCUGCUUUCGCUUUGGCUAUCCUCUCAAGAAUCGAUUACGCUUCACCUAACCCACAAGCUGUCGUUUUAUCACCUUCUAGAGAGCUUGCUAGACAAACUAUGUCAGUCAUACAACAAAUGGGUCAAUUCACCAACGUACAAACAGCAUUCGCUAUCAAGGAUGCAAUUCCUAAGAAUGAGAAAGUUCAAGCACAAGUUAUUGUUGCAACUCCAGGUGCACUUGUUGAUGCCGUAAGAAAAAAUCAAAUAAACGUUAAAGAAGUAAAAAUUUUCGUUCUCGAUGAAGCUGAUAACAUGCUUGAUCAACAUUCAAUGGGUGAUCAAUCAAUCAAAGCAAAAAACCUUAUCACAUCAAAACCCCAAAUAUUAUUAUUCUCUGCAACCUUCCCAGAUGUCGUUAGAAACUUUGCUGCAAAAUUCGCACCAGGUGCUAAUGAAAUUAGAUUAAAGCAAGAAGAAUUAUCAGUUGAAGGUAUUAAACAAUUCUAUAUGGAUUGCAAGGAUGUUGAACACAAGUAUCAAGUUUUAGUUGAACUUUAUGAAUUAAUGACUGUUGGUCAAUCAAUCAUUUUCGUUCAUCGUAGAGAUACUGCGGAUGAAAUCGCUCGUCGUAUGACUGCAGAAGGACACACAGUCGUUUCCCUUCACGGUAAACAAGAAUCUGGUGAUAGAGAUUUAACGAUCGAUUCUUUCAGAGAAGGUAAAACUAAGGUACUUAUUACAACAAAUGUUAUUGCUAGAGGUAUUGAUAUUAUGCAAGUAAACAUGGUCAUAAAUUAUGAUAUGCCAAAGAAUGCUACAGGUAAACCAGAUAGUGAAACUUAUUUACAUAGGAUUGGUAGAACUGGUAGAUUUGGUAGAAAGGGUAUUGCGGUCAACUUCAUACAUGAUCGUCAAUCUUGGCAAGACAUGCACGAUAUUGAAGUUGCUUUGAAAAAGCCUAUCAUAAGGGUAGAAACCUCCGACUUUGAUGAGAUGGAAGCAAUUAUCAAGAAGGAGCUUAAAGAUUAAUAUUUUGUUUGUAAAUACCCUGAUUAAGAUAAUUUCCUACCUUA